AAAAAUUCUCUCCGAUAUCUUCUUACAUCUCAAAACACAUUUACCUUCAUAUUAGAAGCUUCUUAUUGUUCUUCUAAUCAAACCCUCACCACCAUACUCGUAAUAUUGAUCCCCAAAUAUUUAAAGCGAUCAUCUUCUCCAGAAUCCUCGAAUACCUUCAAUAAUUAAACAAACUCAAAAUUUCUAAAGCACACCGAUAUUUGUGACAGGAGCCUAUUUUAUUCUGUUCAUCCAAUCUUGAACUUUAUUUACAAAUAUCUGCGACAGUUCAUUUCAGCUGUUUCCAAUCUUUUAAAGACAUCUUUCCGAGACCCCUCCAUCUUCUAAUUCUUGUAAGGUUGACAAAAGUCUUCCUUUCCCCACCUUUCCAGAAACAUGGCAACCAAUGGUACCUUCAAUCAACAAGAUCAAUACAAGACAACCGCCACCGAACAGUAUCCAGCUACUUCAGGUGCCACUGGCUCUUCAAGUGGAGGUGCUUCCGGUGGAGAUCUCUCCAAGGAUGAGGUUGGAUGGUACUUUGUUGAGCAGUAUUACACUACUCUAAGCAAGUCUCCAGAAAAGCUCCACGUAAGUUUCAUGAUUGCUUUUGUGGGAAAUACAUUUGCGCUAACGUUGCAUAGCUCUUCUAUGGAAAGAAAUCUCAAUUCGUUUCUGGUCUUGAGGGAGCUCAAGCUCCAGUAUCCGUCGGCCGAGCUGUAAGUUCUGCGCGCCGUGUUAUUUGAAAAUGUUACUAAUUUUUUUCAGGGUAUCCAAGAACGUAUCCGCGACCUCGAUUUCCAAGACUGCAAAGUUCGUGUCACCAACGUCGAUUCCCAAUCUUCCUUCGACAACAUUGUCAUCCAAGUUAUUGGUGAAACAUCCAACAAGUCUGCCGAGCCCAAGAAAUUCGUCCAAACCUUCGUUUUAGCUCAACAACCUACCGGAUAUUUCGUUCUCAACGACGUCUUCAGAUACAUCAAUGAGGAGGUUGAAGAAGAGCAACUUGAAGCUACGGAGGUCAAAGAGGAGUCUACGUCCGCGCCAAUAGUCGAUGAUGUUGAAAUGCCUGCUGCACCGGCUGCUGUCGAGGAGUCCGCAACUCCAGAAACUACUUUGGACGCCGAUGUAGUUGACAAGAAGUUGGAGGAGACCAUCGAGGCCGAGCCCGCUACCGUCGAGCCAACUACAAAUGGAGAGUCAGCUGAAGCUGCUACUACAGAAGUUGAGGAGAAGCCGGAAGAGCCAAAGGUUGAGGAAAACGUUCCUACACCAGAGGAAAUUGAGAAGGCUGUUGAUGAGGAAGUCAAGGAACCAGAAAAGCCAAAGGACCCUGUUCCAACUCCGGAACUCUCUAGACAACCUUCUGCCACCAAGCCCGCUCCAGUUCAACCAGCUACCCCAGCUAAGCCAUUGAGUUGGGCCGCUCGCAUUGCAGCUUCAGCUGGCCCAGCACCAAAACCUGCUGUUCCAGUCGUGCAACCAAAGGCUGCCGCUCCACCUGCACAAAAACCCGCUGCCACUCAACCAGCUAAGCAACCAACUACCCCAGCAACCACCGCUGCUACUCCAGCAGCUGAGAAGAAGGAAAACUCACCAACAGGCUCUGCUGGAUGGCAAACUGCUGGAGGUGAUGCCAAGCGACAAAACAGACCACAAUCAAUCUCCCAACAGCCAACAGAAGAUAAGGGAACUUUGGGAUAUGUUCGUAAUGUCAACGCUUCUGUCAAGGAUGAAGAACUGCGCUCAGUGUUGAGCUCCUUUGGCGAGUUGGUCUACUUUGACAUCAACCGUGCUAAGGUAUGCCAUACUAUUUUCGUUUCAUGAUCGUAACUAAUUCACCUCUAGAACUGCGCUUUUGUCGAAUACGCCAAUGCGGCUGGUUACCAAGCAGCAGCUCAGGCCAACCCCCACAAGAUUGGUGAAGAAACCAUCUAUGUUGAGCCGCGCCGACCAAAGUCUACUGCAUAUGGUGGCAAUGGUUAUUCUGGCGGUGGACGUGGAAUGAACCAACGCCCUCGUGGUGGAUUCGAACAAGGUCGUCCUGGUAACCAACCUGGUCGUGGUAACUUUGGAGCAAACCGUGGACGUGGAGGUGCCAAUGGACCAAGAGGAGGUCGUAGUGGUGCCGGUCAAACAGCUUAAAUGCAAAUUUCAACAAGCAACUCCAUAAGUCAAAACGUCGAAUUCAUUAUCACGAUCAUCAGAGUAUGAAACCUUCGACGAUGUACCAUAUUCAGUCACCUUGGCUACGAGACCCAAGAUCCUUCCACCUUGUACUUUACUUGAUCACGAAAAAAUUUCGAGCCCUUUCUUUCACGUUCAUGUUUUCAGGACAGUAAAAGUUCAGCAAUUUGAUUAUUGGCUCAUACUUUAUGCUUUAUCAUAUGGUAUAUUGAAUGGGUUUAUGCUUCUCUUUUUAACGUUCAAAAUUUGAGGAUGGAUUGGGUGCACCUUUCUUUUUACGGGCCACAGAAUUUACGCAAUCUAUGAUGGACUUUUUUGUCAGGUCUAUGUGGCAUUGCAAGAAUUUGAUUUUCCUUACGUUUGAUAUGCUCUUUUGCCAUAUUGCCCCAUUGUUCAUUUUCCUUCUUUCCUGAAGUUACAAUGCACAGCAAGUUCUGAUGAUUACGGCUGGAUGGCGGGGCGUGGGGUGUAGGGUUGGUAAUGGAAAAUUAUGUAGUAGGCCUACGGGGUUGAGGGCUGAAAUGAUGAUGAAUGGAUUAUCCGGAUGGAAAAACAUGGAUUGAUUGAUUGAUGAUGGAUGGCUGGAUACUCCGGUGUGUAGGCAUGCAAAAGGGGAUAUGAAUUGAUAGUGGAUAUGAACAACUUUGGCUACUUGCAAUUUGCUUGCUAGUGAUAUUAUGGAGGAAAGUAGAUAAGAGUAGAUAGUAGAUAGGGUGGGAAUGAAUGUAAAAGGAAAAAAUAAUAAGAAUAUUAAAUAUUAAAU